GUGCGCAACUCGCGAGACCGUCAUCCUACAUAAAUCUCGCAGUGAUGGCUGCGCCUCCCGAUGCGGAGAGUUUGGAGUCUCGUAUCAGUGAGUAUUUUCAACUUAGUCCACCGAUCCAGUAGGGCCCGGAGACCCUGGCAUGGGUAUGAUAUCAUCGGUUAGUUGUUGUAGAUGAGCUGACAGCGGACAGCAGCAGCGUUAGUCCCCGGCAGAGAGGACUCGGACCCCGCCGUCACAUCCAGGAUGCUAACCUAGCUCCGGAGCUGCUGUGCCUGCCAGCUGUCAACACACAACACAGCCAGGCGCAGCGUUAGCUUCACGGCCGGAUAACGUGCCUAGAUAACCGCUGACAACACCGCGGGGUCCUGUUUUUAAUCUGGAAAGGUUUAGUUAGAUUAUGGCUAAGACUGACGUGGAAAGAAAGUUCUAGACGAGACUGCGACUAACGACAGAGAGCUAGCUAACGUGACACUUUGUUAGCACCUGCUCUCUCUCUAUCUCUGUGUGUGUGUGUGUGUUUCUCUGCACGGUGCUGCUGAGCUGGAGCUGCUGGGUCAUGUGGUAGAGACUUAAUGAAUUUUAAUCAUUAAGUCUCGAGAUGCCUGCAGGCCUCUUGCUUACACGGCUAUUUUUUAACGUGACAAACUUCAAUAGUUUCAUCCAACACCAUUAUUCUGUUACUGGAGGUAUGCUGGGUCUGAAUAGGGAUGUUACAGUGUGAAUCUAACAUUAAAACAAAACAUAACAUGUAGUUAAAUACCAGUUUAAUUGCAUGCAAUAACCACAAAUAAAAACCGAUAGACAUAUACACUGAGCAGUCAUAACAUUGUGUACAUCUGGGUGAUUUAAUGCUGUCCAAUAGUACAGCUAUAACAUCAAUGAUUCUGCUGUAUUUCUGUUUUUGGAUGACAGACAGGUGAUAAUUGUUGUUUGAGUUAAAUGUUAACGUUGUGGAUGUUGGUGGUUUGCUGGAGUGCAUUUUACUGAAACUGUUCUUUGUAUUUGAGUUCCCUAAUCUUUGUUUAUGAUUUAUUACCACCAAAUAUGUCUCCAAUAAUAUACAUCAAGUACAAAAAUCACCUGUCCAAUCAUACGAAAAAAAGGUUUGGAGGCUCCCUGAAAGUAGAAUAUGUGUUAGAGCUGUUUUAUUGGGUUGCAUUGUCCAGCUGUUUAUAAUAUUACCACUUUUAGGCGUAUAAUACAAUAGUAAUAGCGGGUAUAUUACUGAAGCUGCUGUUUCUGAGCAGCUUUUUGUGUACUUGUACUGUUCUGAGUAGCUCUUAAGAGCAGUGUUGCAGCUUUAACUUAAGUAUUCUCUGUGUCGAUGUGAUGUAGUUCACUGGAUUUUAUACAGUAUGAGUUGUUGAGGAGGAGAAUUGCUAAAAAAUCACAAGAUUUGUUUACUAUUAAUCAUUGUCACUAGAGAUAGAAUGAUUAAUCAAUCAGGCAGAAUAAUCAGGCUGAUUGAUGUCAUUUUUAAAUCAUCAGCAACAGCUGAUAUAUCUGGGCUCAUGAGGCAGAUUUAAAAAAUGAAAAAACUCACGUCAGCAGGCAGGCAGCAUUUUAAAUGUGACUACUGUUGAGCAACAUCUGAAACAUUUCCAUGGGUAUUAGGAAUAAUGGCUGUUGGUAAUAUUAAACUGUCCUAUUUGACAGUAUGCAACAAAACAACAAGUGAUAUUAUUAACAUUUUAUAUCAGCCACCUACUAACCUGCUAUGUGAAUAUCAGUAUUGGUAUCGGCCAUUUAAGGACCCAUGUUGAUCGACCACUAAUCUGUACAGCAAAAACUCAAUCCUACCAAGUCAGUUUGAUUCAUAUUCUGUCAAAUUAUCUAAUUUCUCUUCAUUUAUGCCAGGCAUGUCCAAACUAUUCCAAAAAGAGCCGGUGUGGCUGCAGGUUUUUCUUCCAACCAAGCAGCAGCACACCAGACUUGAUUCAUUUCAUCAGCUGAUCUCAGUCUUCAGACAGCUGAUUGGUCAGACUGCAUGCUCUUGAUUGGUUGGAAGAAAAACCUGCAGCCACACCGACCCUUUGUGGAAUAGUUUGGACAUGCCUGAUUUAUGCUAUGUUGAUACAUCAAGUAGACGUGCUAAUCUUACAUCAAGAUAUUUCCAGCUGAAGUAUUCUUGAAAACUUCGUUGAAAUAAGGACAUCUUGUUUCAUGAAAUGCAUCGAGACAAUUUUGCUUUCUGUAUUUGCAGCUAUUUAUACAUUGAAAUCAAUCGAGUCCUGAUCUUUGGCUCUUCAUUAACAUACUCUGCAAAGCCAGCUACUAUGCAAGUGCAUCUAAUAAAUGCAGCUCUGACAAAAGAUGCUCUCAAAAUAGCCAAUAGGUACAAAGCCAGAUUAAUACUUUUUUAUGCUAGAACAAUUAGUUUAAGAAAAUGUGCUUUUAUUUUAUUUGAUUGGCUUAUUCAAACUGAUCCAAACCCUGCUAUCAUGGGUUAAAAUGAAACACAACUAAAAAGCACAUUUUGAAAAAAGCACUUUGUACUUUUAUUUGAAUAGAUUAUCAGACUGGUAUUUGUGCUUCUAGCAGGUAAAAUGCCAUUAAGAUAACUUUUCUUUUACUUCUUUUAUGAGUGUCCUCCCCUGAGUAAUAGUAAUAGCAGCAGCAGCAGUUUGUGGCUUUAGCGUUGUUACCACAGUUGACUAAACAAAACUGUCCUAAAUGAUAUCUACUGUUUAAUUUCUGACAAAGAAAAAGUCAAUACUCACGUGUCAUACAAGCGUGUCCUGAUUCAGGCCAGGCAGGUUUAUUUGUGUAACGCUGUUCAUACACAUGGCAAUUCUAAUUGCUUUAAAGAGUUCAAAACAAUGUUAACAGCAUUAAAGAGAUAUGACAAAGUUCAUAUGAAGAUUUAUUCUUGUUUUACAUCUGAUUGCUCAGGCUGAUUUUUUAAAUCCUAAAAAAAAAACAAUCCCAUCAGCAACAAGACUGAUGACGUGUAUAUGCUAAAUUUUGAUGCCUGAAACAAAACUUUGACAUACAUAUUGAGUAUGUCAAAGUUAUGAUCAAGACAGAGCGAGAGAUGUGAGACAGUAGGCAAAUUAGAGUAAACCGAUCUCACCACACCGCUGAAAUGCUUAAAAUUCAUGAAAAUAAGCUGUUUAAACUAAUUAAAAUAGUAAAUAAAAGUUUGAAGAUUUCAGACUUCAGAUAUCAUAAGUUUAUAACAUUACUGCAACUGCAAUUUCUAGCGUCAUCUUUGUGAUUUUGGUGUCUGAUGACUCAUGUUUCGACAUUUCAGACAGAGCCACAAACCCUCUGAACAGAGACACAGACUGGAGCAGCAUCCAUGCCUUCUGUGACCAGCUCAACAAUGAUUUGGAGGGGUAAGAGCUCCAUGUUGAUUCAAGUUUGUAACAAAUCUUUAAAUGCUUUACAUUUUAAUUUUAAAAUGUUUGCUUAUUUGUUUGUUAAAGAAUGAAUAUUUUUUUGUACAAAGUUUCAGCCAAGUAACACAGUUCAGUAACUCGACCAGGAUCUCAUCUCUUGUUCACUCUGCUGUCUGAUGAUUGUUGAAGUUACAUCACAAUACCCAGGACUUAAAUUAAUAUGUUUUCCUUUAAAAAAAAGUCUUAAAUAGCACCUCAUCAGUCUGAGUCUAUGAUUGCAUAAUUAAGGUUGUUAAUUUCUAUGAAAUCAAAAUUUCCUGGAUGUUAAAGCUAAAGGCUAACUAAACACAUCAGCCACAGCUUAUUACUUAAAUCAAAAGAACACACAAAUGAUAAAUAUGUGUCAUGCUGAGUUUAAACUUAAAAGCCCACAUUAUAAUGAAAGUUACAACAAUAGAAAUAAUAAAUAGGGAUACCUCACUCUGGACAGUUUUCUCACUUGUCCUACACUCCGGUGUUUCACAUUCUGGGUAUUCACUCUGUUUUUGUGUGUCUUGUGUCGCAGACCUCAGCUGGCCACGAGGCUCCUAGCUCACAAGAUCCAGUCUCCGCAAGAAUGGGAGGCCAUGCAAGCCCUGCUGGUGAGUCUGGAUCUGAACCUGGAUCUGUAGCAAAAUCAUCUACCUUAGUAAAAAUAACCCCUACUUUUUAGUCAAAAAUCUUGUAGUCAUUUUUUUUUCUAAUCAGCUAAGAUAAAUAAUUUUCUCUUUCACUGAUUAUACUCUGAUAAUGACAGCUAUUUAUAUUUUGGCAUAAUAUUUAAUCUUACUGCUGCCAGUACAGUAGAUUAAAUUUUAACAAUGGUGCGAGGAGUUAGUUCAGGCAGGCCACAAGCUCAGCUUAGUAUGUUAGCUGACCCGAACACUAGCAGUCAGCUGACUGCUCAGCUGAUGAACCUUCGACACAUCCAUGUGGCAAAUGUCAAGCGUUUGUGUUCUGUUUAAUCUGCUCCAGCCUGUCCUCUCCCCUCUUGCUGCCUCCACAAACUGGUUUCCAACCUGCCUCAACCCCAGCUCCUCCUUUUAAAGGGAUAUUCCGGCAUGAAAUUAAUUUAGGGUCAAAUACACUGUAACACUGAGUCAGACACCCCCUUGAGAGAUGAAUGUUCCCAACCACUUGCUUCUGUAGUUAUACCAACUUUAGUAACGACCGCAGGAUAGCAAUACACAGCAGUCUGAGGAGCCAUAAACAAACCUCAACUAAAACGCUCUAGUGUUUAGUCACAGUUUGAGCAUUUUGUGUCUGUUUUAGAUUUAUUUUUUAAUCAUUUUUGUUGUGUUUGUUUCCAGGUUCUGGAGACGUGUAUGAAAAACUGCGGUAAAAGGUUUCACAGUGAAGUGGGAAAGUUUCGUUUUCUCAAUGAGCUCAUUAAAGUCGUUUCUCCAAAGGUAAGCCAUAUUGAGCUCUUCUCCAGAUUUAUCUAUUUAUUUACAGAUCAAGGCUGUACUAAAGUGUCUGUUGUAUGUAAAUCACUUGGUCCUUGUUUUCUUCUGUUACCCAGUACCUGGGCUCACGGUCACCUGAGCCCGUGAAAAAGAAGGUUUUGGAGUUGAUCUACAGCUGGACGUUGGGGUUACCUGAUGAGGCCAAGAUCUCUGAUGCCUAUCAGAUGCUGAAGAAACAAGGUGAGAGUCAAAACAGCUGCAAGAUUAAAAAAAACAUCAUCAAUAUUUGUUUUUAAGAUGAUUAAAGCUAAAGCAGAUGAUAGGACGCAUUAAACUCCUUAUUUUUUCCUAUGUUGUGCUUGUAAAUUAGGUAUUAUUAAACAAGACCCAGAGCUUCCACCUGACAAGCUACUCAACCUUCCUCCACCCAGACCCAAGAAUGCCAUUUUUGAGGACGAGGAGAAGUCAAAAGUAAGGACUCAACUAUUAAAAGAAAAUAAUGAGUUGUUAGAGAUGGAUAAAUAUGACCUGAUCCAGUUUCCUCCUCACUGCACACGCUCAUUGUUGUGUUUGUUUCCUCCUUUGGGAUUUCUCCUCACCUGAACUCUGCCUGUCUAUUCGUCAGAUGUUGUCACGGCUGCUAAACAGCUCGCACCCCGAGGACCUAAAAGCUGCAAACAAACUCAUCAAGGAAAUGGUUCAAGAGGUAAAAAUCUCCCUCCUAUGUUUCCACUCUUUCUUUUUUUUUUUUUCCACCUUUGCGUCUCUCCUCUGCCAAAUCGAAUGGCUGCAGAUGUCGUCUUGUAAGUGAAAUUCAAGAAGAAGAAGGAGGAGGAAACACCGGAGAGCUGCACUCUCAACCAAAACAUCAUCUGAAUGAGGAAAUGGGUUGGUUGCCCUGGGGGGUUUAGUGUGACACUGUCACAGUGAUUCAGCAGGAAUUCAGAGUAAAUCUGUGUCUCCGUUUGAGGAGUAACAGGAGCUGCUCUCUGCUCUUUCCCCAAAUCUUCUCUAAUUGUCUCUCUGACCUUAUUGCUCUCGAGCACCUCUGCCUCUGGCUAUGAAUUUUCUUGCAAAUAUUUGCAAAGCUUUACAACAUGCUAAAUUACGCGUACACAUGCAUGUGUUUGCUUUCACACUCUGGUAUGUAGUCCUUUGCAAAUCUGUCCCCUAUUUUUUUUACAGGAUCAGAGGCGAGCAGAGAAGGUGUCAAAGCGAGUGAACGCCAUCCAGGAGGUGAAGGAGAGCGUCACCCUGCUGACUCAGCUCCUGCAGGACUAUGACAGCAAAUCCACCAAUCAGAGCAACCAUGAACUCAUUCAGGUGGUAGAAAAGUACCUCCAUCUAAUCUAAUCCCCAGAGAAUACACAGCUACUGUACAACACGCUGUCAUUUUACACACUCACAAACCUGAUUCUGUUGGGUGAUUUUAGGACCUGUACCAGCGCUGUGAGAAAAUGAGGCCCACACUGUUCAGAUUGGCGAGCGAUACAGAAGACAACGAUGAGGCUCUCGGUAAGUACCAGUUUAUUUACCCUCCGUUAAAGGUCAAGCAAAUUGAAUUUUCUGUCAGCAUGGGCAUGUUUACUAGUGUGUUGCAUCACCUCUUCCUUUAACACCUCUCUUUAAACUUUGCUAACUGAGGAGACCCGUUUCUGGACUUGUGGAAGUCAAAUGUCAUCACAUUGUUGCCUGAUAUAGAGCUUUAACUGCUCAACAGUUCAGGGUCUCUUUGGUCAAAAUUGUCAGUUCGUGAUUCACUAGAUGUCUUUAAUUGAUGACAAGUCAGGAGUGCAGGUAGGCCAGUCUAGCAGCACUCUUCUGCUCCAGAGCCAUGCUGUUUUCACAUGUACAGAAUGUCAUCUGGCAUCUUGCUGCAAUAUUAAACGUCUCCCCAGACAAAGGGUUCAUCGAAAUGGUAUCAUAUGUUGCUCCACACCCCAGACUUAUUGUUCACAUGUAUAGAAUAGCCGUGCGAUGUGGGAAACCUGCCUGCCUGCACAUUUUUUUACCCUCUGAUCCACCAGUCUGUAAACACUUUUUGAGUUCUAGUCCAGAAGACAAGGUCUGAUAAACAACACUGAAGAACACAAAACAUUUCUCUGUCUUCUUACACAGCGGAGAUCCUACAGGCCAACGACAGCCUGACUCAUGUCAUCAACCUGUACAAACAACAGGUGAAAGGGGAGAUAGUAAACGGCAACAACACCUCAAACACUCCGAAACAAACAGGUGGGUGAGGCAUGAACACAGAAACACAGAAAGAAACCCACAGAUCAGAGAACUAGGAUUUAAUGAUUUUUGUGUCCGUCUAGUUGAAAUGUGACAGUUUGUGUCCGUCUAGUUGAAAUGUGACAGUUUGUGUCCGUGUCUCACAGGAGGGACAGCACUGCUGGACCUGACAGGACUAGACACAUCACCACAGUCCCCUCCAUCCUUCCCUGAGUUCCCCACUCCGACAGACAGCCUCAACGCCCCCUCGCAAGAGACUGGGAUCAGUCUCCUGGACGAUGAGCUCAUGUCGCUUGGUAACAGCAUUUCAGACACCACAAACUGAUCGAAUGAAAAAGCUGAAUGCAGAAUGCAGUUAUCAGGAAAUUCAGUCCAGGAUAACAAUGAAGGAAAAGAAGUUGGUGAAAGACUGGAGUUUUUAUAAUUUAACCCCUUAUUGUACUUAAACUCUGUGUUUACACCACAGGUUUAAGUGAAGGAACACACCCCUCCAACCCUCCCUCACAGCCUGAAGACUCCAUAGCCUGGGACUCUUUCCAGGUCAGUAGAGGAUGGAUCUAUUUCCUAACAGUUUCAGAUCCCAGAGGACUUUCCUCUCAUGUUGACAUUUACCUCUGGAGACACCUGCCGUCUGCUCAGUAUUUUUGGUGCAGCCAGUAGUAGGUGUUAAUUACAUGCACUGUAUUGUUUACAGUCCAAUCAGUAACUGGAGAACCAACCGUGUGUUUGGCUCAAAAGUUGUUCAAAAUUCACUCUUGUGUGCAAAAAAGGUUCAGUUCUUGUCUCCAUGAAUCCCCCAGGUGAUCACCAAUUCUCCUUUUUCUAUUGAGUCUUAGUUUCACUGUAAAAAGUCAGUUGCACAGAAGCUUUGCUCAGAGACAUUUCAACAGUAUGAAGCUGAGAAAAACACAGAUUUACCAUCAAAUUACUAAACUUUUCCUAUUUCUUAGUUACAUGAAUUUCUUGAUCUCUUGGGUGAAUCCUAAUCUGUCUGUUUCUGGUUAGUCUUCGUUUACUGUAAAAGUAAGUUGUACAAAAGCUUCAUUCUGGUUUGCUUCAGGAGCAUGAACCUGAGCAAGAAACCGAUUUUUCUGAAAUUUACUCGCAAUCAAACUUGAUUAUUGUAAUAUUGUAUCGUGGCCAAAGUAUCGUGAUAAUAUCGUAUUGUGGCCAAAGUAUCAUGAUAAUAUUGUAUCAUGGCCAAAGUAUCGUGAUAAUAUCGUAUCAUGGCCAAAGUAUCGUGAUAAUAUCGUAUCAUGGCCAAAGUAUCGUGAUUAUAUUGUACCGUGGCCAAAGUAUCAUGAUAAUAUCGUAUUGUGGCCAAAGUAUCAUGAUAAUAUCGUAUCAUGGCCAAAGUAUUGUGAUUAUAUCGUAUUGUGGCCAAAGUAUCAUGAUAAUAUUGUAUGUGGCCAAAGUAUUGUGAUAAUAUUGUAUCGUGGGGCCACUGGUGAUUUCCACCCUUAUUAUUUCUACAUCGUGGCUCAUUUACAUGCUUCUGUAUAACCAACAACACAUCUGCACCACUAUUUCUCCUCACACUCAUACCUUCUGCUUCCAGUCCUCUGACAGUAUAGACGCAGACAUCCCAGCAGCACCCAGUCUCCUCCUGAGUCCAGAUCCCCCCUCCCACUCUCAGCUUCUUUCGUCUGGGUCCACCCCUGGGAACUCGGCUCUGGAUGAGCUGGACCUGCUGGGGAAGACACUGCUGCAGCAGUCCCUGCCUCCAGAGGGUCUCCAGGUCAAAUGGUAUGAAAUAUACACACAGGUUUCAGGUGCUGCGAUUUUCACAUGCUGCUUUGUGUGGGAAAAAAAAAAAUUCAAUUGUCAGAAUCAGAAAGUUUAAUUAGCAACAGAUCUGCAACACAUCAGUUCUCAAUUUGUCUUUUUCUUUUUAGGGACAAACAGCAGACCAAGCCGACUCUUAGAGAUCUCCAGAGCAAGUCUGGAUCUAACGUCACUCCCAACCCCAUCCCAGUUUUCACCCCUGACCCCCCUGCACCUGUCCUCAACUCUCAGCCUAACCUCGAAGCAACACUGCUGGACAUGUCCCCGACUCACAGCGAUACCUGUGCUCCAGAAGUCACCCUGAACGAUGUUUUUGUACCCUUAGAAUCCAUUAAGCCCAGUAAGUGAUUUAAAGAGCUUCAGAGUCCUGCUUACCUGGGAGUACAGAUUUGUGAAAUCCUCUUCCUCUCCACUCUCAUCCCCUUGCUCUCUCUCUCUCUCUCUCUCUCUCUCUCUCUCUCUCUUUUUAGGUAGUCUGUUACCUGUGACUGUGUUUGAUGGACACAGUCUACGGGUUCUCUUUCACUUUGCUCGUGACUCUCCUCCGUCUCGUCCUGAUGUGCUCGUUGUGAUUAUCUCCAUGCUGUCAUCCGCUCCUGUUCCCGUCACCAACAUAAACUUCCAGACAACAGCUCCAAAGGUCAGCGGUGAAAAAGUUCAGGCCUUUUUAUCCCAGUUCAAUAGCACACUCGAUAAGAUCGCUCUCAAGCAAAGUUCAUCUCUGUACUGAACCUCUGCAGUUGAUUGACUGUCUCACUGAGAGAUGAUCAUUUUGCAUUUGUCACCUAUAGUCUAUGGCAGUGAAGCUGCAGCCGCCGUCAGGAUCAGAACUCCCAGCGUUCAACCCCAUCCUUCCUCCAGCCGCUGUCACACAGAUUCUGUUGCUGGCAAACCCAAAUAAGGUCAGUCAAGAUUUCAACCAUCGAAAAAUCUGUGAUUUAGAGUGGCAGAGAGGGUCCAGCUCUCACACCGGACAGGAAGUGGGGAGUAGAAACUUUGAAACUUUGUUUGGCAUCCCUUUAUAUGUUUCAGUCAGAACUUUUGGAGCCUUGACUUCUUCUAUAAGGGAGGCAGUAAUAGAGUACCCACUGAGCAUUUUUUGGUCUAAAAGAGGUCUAAUGGAUGUCUAAAUGUAGCCUAGACGAUUGGUCUAAAAUCAGGCUACCACAGGUCUAAAAAUGAAAGUUCUGGGCUAUAUCUAUCUAUAUUGCUCAACGACUAUCAUCAUUAUUUUGGUUAAGUACUUGGAGAUCAGUUAUGCAACUAACAGUUGCUUUAUGAAAUAAAUAGUUAUUGAAUAAUGAGUUAAAGUACAACGUCUAAAUUCCAUCUAAAAGUAUACAGAAUCUAGACGUUGAGAUUAGGUCUUAAAAAACUAGACGUCUAAUAGCCGUCUAUUGCUCAGUGGGUAUGAAACUGGGAGCGCGUGGGGUGACACAUGCUGGUAAUGUGCACCAUGUUGGAUUUAAACUGGUUGUCCACUUGAGGACUGGAGAUUCUGUUCAUUGGCUGCAAUACUUGGUCAUGGGGCCAAACUGGCGUUGCAUGCCGAACUCUUUCUGCAGAUUAUUUUGAUAUUUCGGGAUCAGGUUGUCCUUGGCGUAGCUCCUGCUGUUGAGCAUCUUAGUGGGGUUUUGACCAAUCAGAGUCAAGUAUUUAAAUAGCUGGAAUAUAAAUAAACUUCUUAAAAAAAACAAAAACAUUUAGAUCUGGUAUUUCAGGCUGCAAAAAUAACAGAGAAGCCAGUGAAAUCCUGGACUGUGUGAAUACCAUGUCGGCUUUGAGAUGUUUAACUUGACGCUUCUUUGCUUUUGUACUUGUUUUCAUUUCAGGAGAAAGUUCAGCUGGAGUACACACUAACCUUCGCCAUGGGUGAACAGGAGCACAGCGAGAGCGGCAGUCUAGAACAGUUUCCACCUCCGGAGACGUGGGGGACUCUAUAGCAUUUAAACACACACACACACCCACAGCCUGACAGACUGCUCUCUGACUCUGCGUCAUCCUAAUCCAGAUCUCCAUGAUGCACAAGCCUUUUCCUUUGUAAUCACACUGUACUUUCUUUGAUUGCUAAUGAUUCUUUCGGUUGGAUUACUCUCCUGCUCAGUGUAAUGUGUGUUUGUCUAGGUCUAGUCUGCUUUGUGUGGCUGCUGCUUUAAAUCAAACCUGCGACUGUUUCAUUAAAGUUGCUGCAGUCUUGUCAUCUUAUUUUUACAGUUCUACACAGAAAAAAACUAAAACCGUCAUCAAACAAGUGUGUGAUGAUCAUAAUUUAGUGUGCUUGAAGAUUUCUUUGCUCUUGGAGCUCCCAGUCAGUCAAACCUGAUAUCAGUUCACGUCUGCAUGCUCUGCCCAUACAGGGGACCAUGCUUGCAAAUUCCAACACACUAAAAGAGAGCGGCUACGCAUCACACAGACACAUCUCACUGGUUUGAAGAAAGAGAAAACUGAAUUGAUCAACUUUUUAUGGUGACUUCUCGAGGAUGAACGAGCACCACUUCUAAAUUCUCCCUUAAUUUGCAGAUUGUUUUUGAACCGUUUCCCUUCCUCUACCUGCUACUUGUGUGAAAAUCAAAAUUACUGUAACAUCAGAGUUGUGUAUUAUCUGCCAUAUGUGCCUAUUUUGCAGUUUAAGUGCGUUUGAAUGGAUUUUUGUUCUCAUCUGUUACGUGUCGGUUAUUUACGUCUGCAGUUUGUCUUCUCGGUUCAGCGUCAUCAUAACCUUCAGUUUUUGAUGUAUUUAAAGAGAUUUCUGAAGCCGGACAGGAUACUUUUGAACCCUUUCUUUAGCUCUUGUUUUCGGUUCAUAAUUCAGCGUUCAUUUGGUGAAAUGGAGCUGCAUUUGGGUGCUCUGUUCACCACGGAGUGUCUCAAACAUGUUCAACUUGUUUCUGCAGUCUGCAGUGCAUGUCAGCCAUGCUGAACCCCCCACAGGCUCUCAGUCACAUUCCACUGCACUUCUCUCCAAUGAAACGACUUUGUAAAUACCGAUGAUGGCAGUUCUGUUAUGUACAUUUGACUUGUGUGCAAGAGCAUAACACUGGUAAAAUAUUCUGAAUGGGUAAUAAAGUUUUUUUUUUUCUUGGUGA